GGCUCAGUCCACAGCUCGCGUCGUAACCUUUUCAGAUCACCUUGGGUCCUAAUUUGAUCCAAUUUCUUCUGCGUCCACUGGCCCACGCCGCCUAAACACGCUCUAGUACAAAUCACCCAUUUGCGCGCGCAGAAUCCCCAAAUUUGAAAUCAUCUGACAAAUGGAAGAGCUCUGCAAAUCCUCCAUUUUCUUCUCCGAUCAAAGCCUCUGCUACGCCGAUAUUCUCUCUCCCCCGGAGGUUCGAGCUAGAAUUGAAGUUGCAGUCCUCAAUUUCUUAAAAGUUCUGAACGCUCCGACGCCUGAAAUCUCCGAUCUUCCUCUGAUUAGUAGAAAGUCGAGCAAUAGCAGAGUGAGUCGCGGAUUAUUAACGGAUGUAUCCUGGAUUUUCUUAUCUCAAUCCUUUUGCAAGCGGUCUUUGAUGAGAGAAAAUACUGCCAAAUCCUUCGUCAGAGUGUGGAUGGUGAUGAAGAUGUGUUACCAGAUACUGCUUCAGGAGAAAAGAGUGACUCAGAGAGAGUUAUUCUACAAGUUGCUUUGCGAUUCACCAGAUUAUUUCCCUUCUCAAUUGCAGGUCAACGGGACCAUCCAAGAUUUAGUGGCAUUGCUUCGAUGCAGUCGUUUCAGCCUUGGGAUUAUGGCAUCUGGCAGAGGAGCGGUUGCUGGCCGCCUAUUGCUGCAGGAGCCAAACAAGGAAGCAGUGGAUUGCUCUACUUGUGGAUCUUCUGGUUAUGCUAUUUCAGGGGACCUGAAUUUGUUAGAGAAAUUGAUCAUGAAGACGGAUGCUCGUUAUAUAAUUGUAGUGGAGAAGCAUGCUAUAUUCCAGAGGCUGGCUGAGGACUGUGUAUUCAAUCAAAUUCCGAGCAUUCUCAUUACAGCCAAAGGAUAUCCAGAUAUUGCUACAAGGUUCUUUCUGCAUCGAAUGAGUCGAGCAUUUCCUGAAAUGCCAAUCUUAGGGCUCGUUGACUGGAAUCCUGCGGGAUUAGCAAUACUGUGCACCUACAAAUUCGGAAGCAUAGGAAUGGGCCUGGAGGCUUACAGAUAUGCUUGCAACGUGAAGUGGCUAGGCAUGAGAAUGGAUGACAUAAGUCAACUUGUCCCUGAAGAAUCUUUAAUCAAUUUGAAGCCUAAGGAUCUUCAAAUUGCCAAAAGCUUGUUGUCCUCAGAUGUAUUGCAGGAUAGCUACAAAGAAGAGUUGGCUACGAUGGUUGAAAGUGGCCGGAGAGCAGAAAUUGAAGCUCUGUACUUUCAUGGAUAUGAAUUUUUGGGAAAGUACUUGGCAACCAAAAUUGUGCAAGCCAAUUACAUCUAGUAUAGUAGACUAUCAAGCUUUUAUGCAUUCGAAUUUAGCCAAAAAGAGCUGCAUUCUUG